GCUGAGGCUGCCAUAGGCCGCUGCAUCAGCGAUUGACAGGGCGCUCAGCCAAUCAGAGAGCAGGGUCGUGUCACCACGGCAGAGCCCUGAAUGAACCCUCACGGAGAACAUCUGUCUGAAUGCAGCUGGAGAACAUCUGUCUGACUGAGCUGGAGAACAUCUGUCUGACUGUAGCAGGAGAACAUCUGUCUGACUGAGCAGGAGAACAUCUGUCUGAAUGCAGCUGGAGAACAUCUGUCUGACUGAGCAGGAGAACAUCUGUCUGACUGAGCAGGAGAACAUCUGUCUGACUGAGCAGGAGAACAUCUGUCUGAAUGCAGCAGGAGAACAUCUGUCUGACUGAGCAGGAGAACAUCUGUCUGAAUGCAGCUGGAGAACAUCUGUCUGACUGAGCAGGAGAACAUCUGUCUGACUGAGCAGGAGAACAUCUGUCUGACUGAGCAGGAGAACAUCUGUCUGAAUGCAGCUGGAGAACAUCUGUCUGACUGAGCAGGAGAAAAUCUGUCUGACUGAGCAGGAGAACAUCUGUCUGACUGUAGCAGGAGAACAUCUGUCUGACUGAGCAGGAGAACAUCUGUCUGACUGAGCAGGAGAACAUCUGUCUGACUGAACAGGAGAACAUCUGUCUGACUGCAGCUGGAGAACAUCUGUCUGACUGAGCAGGAGAACAUCUGUCUGACUGCAGCUGGAGAACAUCUGUCUGACUGAGCAGGAGAACAUCUGUCUGACUGAGCAGGAGACCAUCUGUCUGACCGCAGCUGGAGAACAUCUGUCUGACUGCAGCUGGAGAACAUCUGUCUGACUGAGCAGGAGAACAUCUGUCUGACUGAGCAGGAGACCAUCUGUCUGACUGCAGCUGGAGAACAUCUGUCUGACUGCAGCAGGAGAACAUCUGUCUGACUGAGCAGGAGAACAUCUGUCUGACUGAGCAGGAGAACAUCUGUCUGACUGACCAGAAGAACAUCUGUCUGACUGCAGCUGGAGAACAUCUGUCUGACUGCAGCUGGAGAACAUCUGUCUGACUGAGCAGGAGAACAUCUGUCUGACUGAGCAGGAGAACAUCUGUCUGACUGAGCAGGAGAACAUCUGUCUGACUGAGCAGGAGAACAUCUGUCUGACUGAACAGGAGAACAUCUGUCUGACUGCAGCUGGAGAACAUCUGUCUGACUGAGCAGGAGAACAUCUGUCUGACUGAGCAGGAGAACAUCAGCUGGAUCUCCAGUUCAUUUCUACAACUUGCUGCAUUUCACGCACAUCUGGCUCCUGCUCAGUCGGGCUGUGUCCCACCACAGAUGAAGGAGGAUCCAGGUCUAUUUAUACAAAGAGCACCAGUCUGUCUCCAGCUGGUCGGGCCGGCUCAGUCCAGCUCCGGCCUCCUGCCCACCUGAAAGCCUCUUACUUUUAUUUCCUGGAGGAUUUAAAGACGCAGCUCAAUUAACCUUCAUCUCUUUCAAGUUCAGUCAACAGAAGCUUCUAAAGAAAUGAGCAGAGCUGAUGUUCCACUCUGCAGCUCAGUCGUCCAUCGGGCUCUGAACCGGACAAGUUCAAACUGGAUUUAUGAGCUUUAUACUGGUCUGAAAUAAAAAAUCGAAGAUCUGCUCAGAUCAGACGUUCCUCUUUGAAUAUAUUGAUAUUAUAUAUGAUGUUAACAAAAUGAACCAGGCCUUCAUCUCCACACCACACCUGAUGAUGAUGAUGAUGGUGAUGAUGAUGAACAUGAUGAUUGAUGAUGUCACAUUGAAUUCUAUUGAGUUGAUUCUAAGACAUUUGUUCUUGAACCAAAUGUGACAAAGUGAAAUGUUGGACUAAUGAUGGCGCGAGAGAUCUCUGAAGUUAGUAGGAGUCAUGACGUGGACUAUGAUGGUGGAUCCUGAUCCUGAUGGUGGAUCCUGAUCCUGAUGGUGGAUCCUGAUCCUGAUCGUGGACUCUGAUGGUGGAUCCUGAUCCUGAUCGUGGAUCCUGAUCGUGGACUCUGAUCACAACAAGUCUGCUUGAUAUAUAAUAUUUCUCCUCAGAUACUCGACCAUUACUGACAAUAAUCCAUCAGCUCAUUGAUCUUCAGUUCUGCUACAAAGUGUUUAUUCUAAUGAAAGCUGUAAACACUCUGAUCUCUCUGAUGUCCUCUGUGACACAGGACAUCUGUUGACUAGUGUCCGUCCUGGAGACGGGUCCUCACAUGUGUCCCUGAGGUCUCUACCUUCUCCACCUGUUGAAGGGUUCAGUAGUUUGACUCUUGUUGAAGGACAGAGGACGUCUCACUGGUUAAAGACGAGGAGACAAACUGGGACCAGUGAAUAUGAGACUACACUAAUACAAUGUGAUUGAUUGACUGUAGCACAUUUAAACCACUUCACCAAAAUGCUUCACAAAGUUGAAGGUACAACAAGAAGACAGAAUAUCAAUAGUAAAAAGAAAUGAGAUAAAACAAACUAGAAUAAUUGAAAUUAAAUUAAUACACAUAAAAUGAUAAAAAUGUUGUUAAGUCAAGCAGAAGGCCGAAGAGAAGAGAUGUGUGGCGAGCAGCAGGCGCUGAAUGGACAACGGGUCUGAGCCCCGUACAGAGAAUGUCCCUCUGUCUCGUGUGAUUGGACCACAGUGCUCGAUGGACACUGAGACGUUUCUCCGCUUCGUCUUGAAAUGUUACCGUGCUACAUUUCAGCUCGUUAGUCAAACGACAAAAACAGGUGGCAAAGACGGUAAAGACACAGUUUCUAUAAUUUAUGGACACAUAAGUUAUUGAAACUACACCAGGUGAAGGUGAGGGUGGGGGGUGUCGGGGAGUUAAGUCGCCGUCACCUGUUGUGUUGAUGGUUGAACCAGAUUUUUGUUGAUGUUACAAAGAAAUUUGAAAAAUGGUCGUAGCUUAAAUCAAUAAUCAGUGAAAAGCUGAAGAACACGAAUGUCGUGAGACGAGCUGCGUUCUUCAUCGUAUGAGGAAGAGGAGACGUGAAGACUCGCUCUUCAGCUGUCGGGAGCAUUUGACAGGAAUCCAAUCAAAUUUUUAAAAUGAAGUGAAAUCUCUCGAUAGCAUAUUUUACAAAUUAUAAAAAUGUGAAAUUAAAAUAAAACCAUUCAUCCAUUUCCCCACGUGACGCCUGAACUGAUAUUUACAGAUUAGCGACAGCAUCAAUUGUUUCAGGUUCAUUCAAAUCAAACUUCACUUCAUGAUGUCGCCACCUGCUGGUCAUCGCAGUGUCUGUCUCAUCGAUGUUUGUUCAACACGUGGUAGUGUGCGUUCUUAUUUCCACUGCCCCCUAAUGGUCAAACAUGACCUAAAGAAGGUUUGGUAUAAACAAGUAUAUUGUUAAAGAGAAGAUCAAUUCUUAAUGUAACCUUAUGGUUUUCCUCAGUUUUCUAAGUGAGUGUGAAAGAGUGACCAGGUCAGUUCAGCCUGAGUGUGGCACUAAUCGCUCCUCAUACCUCACAGACCAGCGCACUCCACUACACAGAGUCGCAGCAGCAGCUUCAUCAGCCUCCUCUUCAUCAGAGAUGAAGCUGCUCUGCUACCAGUCCAUGGCCGCUCUGCUGCUGCUUCUUCCAGUUUGUCGGGCCGCUCACGGACGCUUCGCUCAGAAGCUGCUCAACGACCUUUUCUCCAACUACACCAACGCCCUGCGGCCGGUGGAGGACACCGACCACAUCAUCAACGUCACGCUGCAGAUCACUCUCUCCCAGAUCAUCGACAUGGAUGAGCGGAACCAGAUCCUGACCACCUACCUGUGGAUACGCCAGGUGUGGAUGGACGCCUACCUCACCUGGGACAAGGACGACUACGACGGUCUCGACACCAUCCGCAUUCCCAGCAGCUACGUAUGGAGACCAGAUAUUGUGCUGUACAACAGUGCGGACGAUGAAUUCUCCAGCUCCAUGGAAACCAACGUAGUUCUCCGUCACGAUGGUCAGGUGAUGUGGGACCAGCCGGCCAUCACGAAAAGCUCCUGCUCCGUCGACGUGGCCUUCUUCCCCUUCGAUUUGCAGGAGUGUCACUUGACCUUCGGCUCCUGGACUUACAAUGGAAACCAGAUGGACUUGUCCAAUGCCCUGGACAGUGCUGACCUGUCUGACUUUGUCUCCAACGUUGAGUGGGAGGUUCUUGGGAUGCCAGCCAAGAAGAACGUCAUCCUGUACGGCUGCUGUUCGGAUCCGUACCCGGACAUCACCUUCACUCUCCACCUGAAGAGACGGGCAUCCUUCUACAUCUUCAACCUCCUCAUCCCCUGCAUGAUGAUCUCCUUUCUGGCUCCGCUGGGCUUCUACCUGCCCGCUGACUCGGGUGAAAAGGUUUCCCUGGGCGUCACGGUGCUGCUGGCCCUCACUGUGUUUCAGUUGCUGGUGGCUGAGAGCAUGCCGCCCUCCGAGAGCGUCCCACUGAUAGGAAAAUACUACAUAGCUACCAUGACGAUGGUGACUGCUUCCACAGCACUCACCAUCUUCAUCAUGAACAUCCACCACUGUGGUCCGGAGGCGCGCCCCGUCCCACCGUGGGCCGAGCGCUUCAUCCUCAACCACCUCGCCCGCAUCUGCUUCGUCUCUGAGGUCGGAGAGAACUGUUUCGGUCGGACUUCAUCCAACACACAACCUCUGUCCCAGGACGAGUCCGAGGCCCCAUCAGCCAAUGGGAAUAACAGAGGAGCAGACUGGGAUGUGAACGGACAGGCCUGGGGAGGGAGGGGGGAGGAGGGCGGGUCAGGGGACUCUUCGAAGGUGAGACAGGAUUUGACCGACCAGAAGGCCUGGAAGGAGGAUCUGCUGGUGACCAUCGACCACUCGAAGGAGGACGGAGCUGCUGGUGGUGGAGAAGAGCAAGGAGAUGAGAAAAAACAUUUGUGUGGAGAAGAAGAUCUUGUGGAGGAACAGAAAGGAGGUGAAGUCCGGAAGAACAGGAGGGAGAUCUUAGUGAAGUGUAUCUGCCAGCACCAGGGACUGUGCAAGAACGUCGAGUACAUCGCCAACUCAUACCAGGACCAGCGAGCGGCACAGCUGCGCAUCGGGGAAUGGAGGAAGGUCGCCAAGGUCAUGGAUAGGUUCUUCAUGUGGCUGUUCUUCAUCAUGGUCUUCUUCAUGAGUAUCCUCAUCCUGGGAAAAGCCAUCUGAUAGAGAGCCAGCUUCAAAGAAUCACAAGAGGAGAAGUUAGUAGUAGAUCUAAUGAUUUGCUCCUUCAAUGUAACACUCCUCAUUUCACUGGUGGUUUGUUAGUUCAUGAGCUUCAAGGCUCAAUCCAGACCAAACAAGUCAAAUCAUUUCAAAGCUCCGAAGAAAUCUUGUCCAACAUGAGUUUCCUAUUAAAGCAAGGACUUCAGGUUUCAGAUCUCAGAAGCUAACCCACUGUGCACUCGAUAUUUCCCAGUAGCUCUCAAGAUCUUCUAAUGUGUUUUCCAUAGGAGUCACAUGACCUGAUGCAACUGAGAAGAGCAAAGAUCUGAUUCCUUUACGUUAGAUAUGUUUCUGUCAAGUUGUCAUAAUAAAUGAAACAAAUUAUUAGUGAUUAUGAACCAAACAACAUAAAUGUUUCCUGAGAAUCAGGAAAAAACAACACUGUUUUGAUGAAUCUACAGAAAACGGAUUAAUUAACAUUAAUAGUAUUUUAUUAGCAUUUUCAUUUCAACAUCUUGUUCCCUAUAUAACAGAACAUGGGACUGAGCUAGGUAGACCUAUGUAUUUCAACAACACAACAUGCUACACACAUCUAUUUCUAUGCAGUUCAUGCAGCUGGACGCACAAGACCUGUCGAUUUAUUUUUAAGGGAACUUAUCUCAGCUGGAUUCAGGAAAACCUGGUUUCAGUAUUUUGUUUGAAGGAAACUGUUUUCAGAUGAAUGUUCUAACGAAGAGAAGAAAUGAUGCAGUGAGCUUUACAGAAACCGGACUGGUUUACAUCUGUUUACAUGAUAACAACACUGACCUGAUCUACAGCAACACACUUUGUCUUACAACUGAACACAAACACAAAUGUCACAAUUUUAAAAAUGUUAUGUGUUUUGCAUGUUCGUUUUUUGCCAACUUCAAAGUACAUGCCAGACUUUUUACAUCAAUCACAUUCAUUUUAAUAUUAUGUACAACUCUGAUGAAAUGUUAUGAUUUCUGUGUCCUCCAACCGGAGAGGCUGGAAUCAGCAUCUGAGGUUCGGAGAUUCAAUUUGAUGAAUGUAUGUCUUCUAUGAAUAUUGUGUCAACUAAUUGUUACUUGUGUGUAUACCAAACGUGUCAGUUGUGAAUAUUUAUUUUUAAAAGUCCCUCAAACAGAGCUAACCCAUGCUGACCUCAUGAUUCCCUUUGAGUGCAGUGUUUGUGUGAUCACUGUGUAAAACUGAGCGAUGCCAAACUGAUCCCAGUUACUACUUGUUGUAUUUCCUGGUUGUGUGGCCGUGAACAUUUGUCAAAUGAUUUAUUACUCAUUAAAUC